UGUAUAAAUAGGAGCAUGGAUCUCUGCGCAAGCAUGCACACAAAGUCACAAGCAUCACCACCAACAAUGGCUAUCCACAAUGUCUUCGUCCUCCUUCUUUCCCUCCUUCUCGCAACCCUAACUCCAUCUCUGUCAGCCCCAACCUUCAUCACCAUCGACUGUGGCUCCAACACUUCUCUCUCCAGCGACAUCUUCCCAUGGCAAGCCGAUGAUUCUUACGUGCAAAACGGUGACUCCUACGUCGUUCAGUACACCAGCACUAUCCCUCUGUACAUGAGCGAAACCGCCAUUUCCACUCUCAGAGCUUUCCCGACUCUCAAGAAGAACUGCUACACCGUCAACGUCGGCGAGGGACGGAAGGUUCUGGUUCGAGCAAGCUUCUUCUAUGGAAACUACGAUGGGAAAGAGUCUCCUCCGACUUUUGAGCUUCACUUUGAUGGCAACUUCUGGGCCACCGUGAACACUUCGAGCCUGAGAGGGGUGUAUCAUGAGGCCAUUUAUGUCACCAAGAGAAACACGACUAGUGUUUGUGUUGCUCAGACGCUUGAGGAUCAGAUUCCUUUCAUUUCUGGGCUGGAGAUUCGAAGCUUAGAGAUGAGUAUGUACAGUCACGUUGAUUCUGGCCGUGCUCUGUUCUUGUCUAACAGAGCUAAUGCUGGUGCUAAUUUCACCACUAGGUAUCCAGAUGAUGCUUAUGAUCGAAUUUGGAGAGCAGAAGGUGGGUUUGUGUUAGUGGACAAUGUGAUCAACGAAGCUCCCUCCAUUGAUGCAAGCAAAGCAGAAGACCAACCACCCAUUGCUGUUCUUCGAACUGCGACCACCACCACUGGAACUUCAUGGGGCAUUGUUCUCAACACAGACCUUCCUGCCUCCAUCGAACCCAUCUAUAUCACUGCCUACUUCUCCGAAGUCACUCAUCUUCCUUCCAACCAAACAAGAUCCAUUCAAGUUGAAAUCAACCAUGUUCCUUUUUCAAAGCCAUUCGUCCCUCCUUUUGGAUCUGUCUCGGAGCUGCGCAUCACAAACAGGACUGCGAAUUCAAACACGUCUGUGGCUGUUUUUGCAGAUUCAAGUUCCACACUUCCUCCUCUGCUUAGUGCCUAUGAAGUCUACACUGUUAGUGGUCUGCUAACAGAUGGAACGAACAGCGAUGAUGUGGAAGGAUUAGCAGCACUACAGGAGAAUUUUGAUGUGCUUCAGAAAUGGAGUGGUGAUCCUUGCCUUCCUUCUUCAUUUUCAUGGGAGUGGCUCGAAUGCAACUCUGAUGCCUCCCCACGGGUCACAACAUUGAAUCUUGGAAGCUUUGGCUUAUCAGGAAGGCUACCAGAUUUCAGUUCUAUGAUUGAACUGGAGACAAUUGAUUUACAUAAUAACAGCUUGUCUGGACCUAUUCCCAGCUUUCUCGGUUUGUUGCCAAAAUUGAAAUUACUGAAUUUAGCAGAUAAUAGAUUCAGUGGAACCAUACCCAAAUCGCUUUCUCAAAAUAAAAACUUGAAACUGAUUGUGACAGGUAAUUGCCUAUCUGGCAUGUCAUGUCCGCCGCCUCCUUCUUCUUCAACCCCUUCCGUCAAAACGCCACCACCAUAUGGGAAUGCUGAAGGACCAAUUGCUGGUUCUGGGGCUGCUGAAGGACCAGUUGCUGGCUCAGGUGUUCAAUCAGGUGGCGCAGAGGGGAGGAAGAUGUCAUCCACAUUGACAACUAUCCUCUCUUUGUCGUUGUUUUUUAUGUUUCUGGAGCUAAAGAACCUGUAAAGAAUUGCUCUCCAACAUGAAAAAGAAUUGAACAAAUGGCUUCAUUUUGAGUUCAGAUGGAAAAUUAGAUACGUUAAUGACUAAAUGCUCAGGGAGUUUGUUGCGUUGUUGAUUUGUUUCGCUAUUGCUUCUGAUCGAUCUUAGAUAUGUGAGAUUAAUGAGUGUUUCUUUGAAAAAUGCAAAUCCAUACAGUUCAUCGGCUGCAUUUUGUUACUAGAUGCCACGAGUUUGUUCUCAAUAAAAGCUCUUAAAUGUAUCAAACCCCUUCCACAAUGCUUACUAUUGAAUGCAUAUAGCUUACUGCUUUCAAUCUUUGCAGCAAUUUAUGAAAAAACAAUUUCGCAAGAUA